GCAGCAGGGGUCCUGGGGGUCGUGAUGGUUCUGGUUCUGGUCAUUCUCAUCCCGGUCCUGGUCAACUCCGCGGGUUCGGCGGCACACUACGAGAUGCUCGGUACCUGUAGGAUGGUGUGUGACCCGUACGGCACCAAGUCUCCAACCAGCACCGUCACGGCGGACACGGUCCGAGACAACAGCCUCGCGCAGUCCUUACCCACUUUUAUCCAAGGUCCGAAAGGGGAACCGGGUCGUCCGGGCAAGGCGGGUCCGAGGGGACUUCCCGGUGAUCCGGGACCGUCCGGUCCAGCAGGGCCACCGGGCGAGAAGGGUGUAGCAGGCAGACCUGGUUUACCGGGACCUCCGGGACCCGGCGCGGCCGCCGGCGCGAUAAGCGCGGCCACCUACAGCACCGUGCCCAAGAUCGCCUUUUACGCAGGGCUGAAGAAGCAGCACGAGGGCUACGAGGUGCUCAAGUUCGACGACGUGGUGACCAAUCUGGGGAAUCACUACGAUCCAACCACCGGGAAGUUCACGUGCUCCAUCCCCGGGAUUUAUUUCUUCACUUAUCACGUCCUGAUGCGCGGAGGGGACGGCACGAGCAUGUGGGCCGAUCUGUGCAAAAACAACCAGGUGCGUGCCAGUGCCAUAGCCCAGGAUGCGGACCAAAACUAUGACUAUGCCAGUAACAGCGCUGUGCUGCAUCUGGAGCCAGGAGACGAGAUCUACAUUAAACUAGACGGAGGCAAAGCUCACGGAGGCAACAACAACAAGUACAGCACCUUCUCUGGAUUCAUCAUCUACGCUGACUAG